AUGGCGAUGCUGCUGUGGUCGCAGAUGCGCUCAAUUGUCCUCCGCAGGACGCUGGCACUGCCGCACGGGCUGGCACUGCACGCGGUGUCGCCGGCGCGGGCGCGGGCCCAGCUCCGGUCGGCGCUCUCUUCGUAUCACGUCGAUCUCACCCGCACCCUUGCCGGCUCGCGCUCGCCUUAUGCGGCUGACGGCAUAGACACGCCACCUGACAGCGUGGCUAUAACGUACGCGCAGCCGACGUACCGGGUCUGCACUGCCAGCGACGCGCUCUCUGGCGACGCACUGGUUGUGGGCGCUGCGGUGUGGAUCGAGGAGCGCGGAGGAGAUGACGAUGGUUGGCGGGCAGCGCAUGCUGUUGACGGCGUCCUGUACCUGCGCCGGCGGGUGGACAAGCGAGUGCGUCUGGCGCUCAAGCUCGAGGCCGGCGUGCCCGACCCGCUGGGAGAGGCCCAGGUUGUUGGGCUCUUUGCCGGCAAGGGCCACGAGCUUGAUCCGCGCCGAAUGAUGCCGCUCGAGUACAAGGCGAGCACCAAAGGUCGGCGCCUGCUUGUCACCGGUGCAUGGGAUGCCCAUGGCCUGUUUGAGCGCAAGCUCAUUGGGCUCACCCGCAGCCAGCGCCAGGCUGUCGACGCCGGCGUUGCCGAGUCGUCGACGUUUCCAGCGCACGUUAUGGUUGUGGCAGAUCUAUUCUUUGCCGCGCUCGGGCCAAAGCUCCGCAUCACGCUCCCGCUUACGGUGGUCGCGCGCUCGCGCUCCGCCGAGCUCCCACCGCCUCCCUCGGCUACAGUUCGCCACGCACGCGUCCGCCACGCACUGGCCCUCGCCGACUGUGGUGACCAUUACGCGCUGUAUCGCGGUGUGCCAGUGGCGAGAUCCAAGGCAGAACCGGCGGAGCGCCCGGCUUUGACUCGUAAGAGCAAACACAGGCGGAGGCACCAGGACGCUCCUGCUGCCCAGGUUGAGGCUUCGGGGGGCGUGUCGAGGGAGACGUACCAGCACAAGCGGAGGCGGAAGCGGAAGCGAAAGGGGCGCACGACCGAAGCCAAGCCCCAGGCCGAGACUGAGCCUUUGGCUACAGCCGAUUCCGGGCCCAAGGCAGAUGCUGGGGCCGAGGCUGAGUCUUUGGCUACAGCCGAUUCCGGGCCCAAGGCAGAUGCUGGGGUCGAGGCUGAGUCUUUGGCUACAGCCGAUUCCGGGCCCAAGGCAGAUGCUGGGGUCGAGGCCGAGUCUUUGGCUACAGCCGAUUCCGGGCCCAAGGCAGAUGCUGGGGCCGAGGCCGAGUCUUUGGCUACAGCCGAUUCCGGGCCCAAGGCAGAUGCUGGGGCCGAAGCUGAGCCCGUGACUGCAGCCGAUCUCGAUCCUUCCGCCGUACCAACACCCACGCUAUCGAAGAAGAAGGUUCGCAAGCACAAGCGCAAACGCAAGGAGCGCAACGGCGGCACCGAUGCAGCCCCCUCGCCGACGGCCGAUCCCACCGCCGCCACCGAUGCCGAGGCACUUGCGCCAGAAAAGAAGCACAGACGCCGACACAAGGACAAGGAUACCACUGCAGCUGCCGCCACAGCCGACGCCAACGCCGGCACCCAUGCCACCACGGCCACAAAGGACCAUAAGUCAAGCCGCCGUCGGCGCUCAAGAACCGAUGCCGGCAAAGCCAAGGCAGUCCUUCCAGAUCGCCCCCAGUCCAAGUCCAGGCCCCAAGCCAAGGGUAAGGGCAAGUCCAAGGGUCGGGCCAAGUCCAAGGGCAAGGACAAGGGCAAGAGCAAGGGCAAGUCCAAGGCCAAGUCCAAGGGCAAGUCAAAGUCCAUGGGUAAGGGCAAGUCCAAGGGCAAGACCAAGUCGUAG